GGCAUCAGUUGCAAAAUAAUUGUGAAAAGUGUUAGUGUUCUAGCAAGCCAAAUAAAAGCUUUGAAAUCUUAAGUGAAUAACAUUUAUUGACUAUUUUUAAAGAUUGAAGAAAAACUAUAAAUAACAAUUAAAAAAUGGCAAAUUUACCACUAUUGUUGAGUCUCAUUGAUGAAUUGAGCAGCGAAUCUAAUCCAUCUUACUACGGCAACGAUUUUGGUUUGGGUGUUUCACCCUACCUCAUUCAUCGCAACUCCCAACGUGAGCCAACACAACCCAGUUUAGCAGGCUAUACACUGCCAUUGGCCCUGCUCAAUCGUAUCAACGACCAUCAGCUCAAUCGCCGUGAUGGAGAAAAGAAGGAAUCCCGUAUUUCACCAGUUGGUAAAGAUGGUUUUCAAGUGUGCAUGGAUGUGGCCCAAUUUAAGCCAAGCGAACUAAAGGUUAAAGUCGUUGACAACUGCAUCGUCAUUGAGGGCAAACAUGAUGAACGUGAAGAUCAGCAUGGCUUCAUUCAACGUCAUUUUGUACGCCGCUAUGUUUUGCCUAAAGGCUAUGACGCGGACAAGGUGGUUUCUACACUAUCUUCAGAUGGUGUCUUGACUGUCAGUGUACCCAAACCAGCGGUGGAAGAAAAAUCCAACGAACGUAUUAUACAAAUUCAGCAAACUGGCCCGGCCCAUUUGAAUGUCAAGCAAAACACUCAAGAGAAGAUUACUACAGAUGUCGCUAAUGGACCUGGUGGUGAUCAAGAAGAUACAAAAUAAAUGAUUUCAAGAUCCAUAUUGGAUUUAUUUUAGGGAAAUAACCAUUUCAUCAUAUUCAUUAUUUAUAUGCUAAUAUUCAUGAAUUCCAGACUAUUCCAUACUUUUUAGUUCUAAGUAUUCGUUAUUUUUUUGUUUUUAAAUCAUUUUAAAACCUUAAUAUUAAUAUACAUUGACAUAAUAAAACAUUUAUCCUUAUUAAAAGAAAAA